UACUUACAAGUGUUAUCGCAGUGAGAGAAGAUGACAAAAUUAAAGUCAAAUAAAAGGCAUAAUCUAGCGGGUCUCGGAAUUGUGCCAGAGAAGCUAACUGAGGAUAACUUUAUAAGCUGGAAAAAUUGCUUGGCAAAUUAUUUGGUUGGGAAUGGGCUUUGGGGUGUUGUCUCUGCUCAGGAGAUUGAACCAGAUAAGACAAAUAUACAAGAGCAUGAAAAAUGGAAGAAAAAGAAUGCUUUGGCUUUGCAUGCAAUUCAACUUUCAUGUGGACAAGCAAUAUAUUCGAAGUUUAUAAAUGCCGACAUUAAUGCUGACUACGUAUGGACUCAGUUGGUAGAAAAAGGAGAUCACGACAAAGAAACUCGAGUCGACGAUAAUGGGUUGAGUGAGUACCUUGAAUAUGAGCCCCUAUACAAGGCAAUUAAAAAAGGCAAUUGGCAUGCUAUAGAAGGUUUCUUUCAGGAGAAGACACUGCCAUUUACUGAAAGUAUUUCAUCACACAAAGAGACAGCUCUGCACAUGGCAACUUUAUCUAGACAGACUGAAAUUGCGAAAAAACUUAUAAAUUUGAUGGGCCCAAAAGAGUUAGAACUGAAAAAUGAACAUGGAACUACGGCCUUAUCUUUUGCUGCAAUCUGUGAUUUUCAAGUGGCUAGUGGGGGUGUGAUAAGUGACAUCUCGGAUGACGUGUUCAGGGAUUUCAAAAAUUUUAUGGGGGUUUCUCUGUUUUGGAAGCUGAGACAAAAAGCUCUUGCCACAGGCCUUAAAAUCCGUAAUCAACAGGGAUAUUCUAGAACUUGGGCAGAGGUGGAUUGA